AGUAUAUCUCUGCUACAGUCCUGUUCUCUUUCAGUCGAAUUGAACAGACUUUCCAUUGGAAUCUCUGAUAUUCACCUACUUUUCACUACUCUGUAUUAGGGGAAUCAAUAAAGCUCAAUUGGAAUUCACUCAUUCUACCUUGUGACAUUUCAUCUCCCUGUUUUUAAUUGAUGUUGGCAAUUCGGGCAAGAAACCCCGAAAUUGAAGAUAUGCCUCAACCAGUGAAUAAAUGCAAGUAUCGUGCCAAGAGGGGGUUUUUAAAAGCAGAAAGCGAAGGCAGCAUCACAGACUCCCACGACCCUCAGUAUCUUGAAGAGGAACCAACAUAUCCAGAAGCCACGACGAUUACCCCCACAAUGAAGAAACCAAAGCAUCUAUCACCCCAAGAAGCAAUCGAUGAGUUUUGGGCCAAGUUUGAUAGCAAGACACCAGGCAGAGGUAUUCACGCACCCAAUUUCAACCAUUGCAUGCUAAUAUUUCAUUCUCAGCAUCUACCAUCCUACCCAAAAAUCGAUUCGCAAAAAAGGUCAAUGAGAAAGAACCGGAGGGAGAGGUUGAAAGCGAAAAUGCCGUAUCCUCAUAUGAAGAAGCUUCGAAAGCUUGCAAAGAGAAGGUCGCAAAAAUUGUGAAGGAAUGCAAGCGGAUCAAUCAAAAAUACCGGGACCACCAUUUCGAUAUUGAAUUUGACUUGAAGUGGAGAACAAAUGAUUGCUUGACAACUUUGAAUUCAAGCAAGGACGAGGAGACCAGGUUCAAGCCUGGCUCUGUCAAGCGAGUAACGGAUAUAUUUGAUAACCCACAGUUCUACUGCGAUGGUGCAACGCCAGGUGACAUCCGACAAGGCAGGGAUGGUGACUGUUGGCUUCUUGCUGCUUUGUCUACUUUGGGUAACAAAAGUGGUAUGAUUGAAAAGUUAUGUGUGGCGAGGGAUGAAUCGGUUGGGGUUUAUGGAUUUGUUUUCCAUAGAGACGGGGAGUGGAUUUCUGAAAUCGUGGAUGGAUGACAAGUUGUACUUAGUCAGACCCGAUUAUGACGAGAGCUGGAAUGAGCGUAUUCUUAUUGAUGUGCACUCCCGCAUCGAUCCACAGGAAGAAUACAGGAAACUAUAUCAGGUAUGUUCAAAAAGCCCGUUUGUCAUGAGCUGUUCAUAUUCCAGUCGCGUACAACUUUGAAAGAGAAGUACGGAAAGAAUAGCCUCAAUUGUUCCCUCAUGGAGGGGAGGGGGGCGGGGCAAUUUGCAGUCAUAAUAUUUGACCAUCCUUAAUAUUUUGGAUACUCAAAGUGGCUCUUCAAAGCAGUGGCAACAUUGGUUACUGCGUAGUUUGUAAACAACUCGCAUCAUACCUUUCUCAGGACAAACUUCCACUGCCAGUCAAUUAUUCUAAAAUUCAUUGAUACUCUGACUUUGUCGUCUGUAUGGGACACAGCUAACUGAAAUAGUCCAACUCAAGUGCACUCUACUUCGCUCAUUGUGAAAACCCGAAUGAGACCUGGCUUCCACUACUGGAAAAGGCUUACGCCAAGGCGCACGGAGUAAGUUUAAACACAUCACAAUAUAACUCAUUGUAUUGUAUUGAUCCCAACUAGGACUUUGAAUCAAUUGAAGGUGGAUGGACUGGAGAAGGACUAGAAGAUUUGUCUGGCGGAGUGACAACUGAACUAUUUACCACCGACAUACUCGACAAAGAGUAUUUCUGGAAAGAGGAACUCAUGAAAGUCAAUCAGGAUUUUCUUUUCGGAUGUUCGAGUGGCAUCUUCCGGGGCGUACGUGGACACAGACGAGGUGUCUUGGAAGGACAUGCGUAUUCUAUCAUGAAAUGUGUUGAGAUUGAGGGCAAACGGUUUUGCCUUGUUCGAAACCCGUGGGGUAAGGGAGAAUGGACUGGACCAUGGGGUAAGUCCGACUAGCCCCGUCAAACCUGCCGGGUAGAAGAUGAAGCAUUGCCGAUUCUGACAAGUUACAGGCGAUGGAAGCAAGGAGUGGACUCCUGAAUGGAUGCAAAAGCUUGAUCAUAAAUUUGGUGACGAUGGCAUUUUUUGGAUGACCUAUGAGGACCUUCUCAUUACUUUCCAAACGUUUGAUCGAACCAAGUUGUUCACCGACGAGUGGGAGGUCACUCAGAAAUGGACAUCCAUAACCGUUCCUGGGGCCAUCGAAUACAACGAUACAAAGUUUUCCUUCACACUUGAGAAAAAGACGUCUGUUGUCAUUAUGCUGUCCCAGCUCGAUGUAAGAUACUUUUGCGGUCUCGAAGGUCAAUAUAACUUCUCUUUCACAUUCCGUGUUCACCGGGCCGGUGAGGAAGAUUACAUCGUCCGAAGCCAAAGCGGCUACAGCAUGAGAAGGUCUGCGACUACAGAGCUCGAGCUCGAGUCUGGCGAAUACCAUGUCUUGAUAAAGGUCCAAGCAGAGAGGAAUGACAAAGUCGCAAAGGUUGAAGAUGUGCUCCGCAACAAUGUAAAGACGCGAAGAGACAAAGUCUUGCGAAUUGGUCUCGCAUAUGACCUAGCACAUGCAAAAGGCCGCAUCUUCGAAACGAACGAGGAGAAAGAAGCCAAGAAGAGGGCUGAGAAGGCUGAGAAAGAUAAGGUAACGAAGGAGAUGAAGGAAAGGUUGAUCAAAGAAAAGAAAAAGAGACAACAGAAUGAAAACAGAGAGAAGCGGAAACAACAAGCGGCUGCGGCCAAGAGGAAGUUGAAGGAGAAAGGAAAGGCUGAAAAGCAGGCGGAGAAAAAGAAAGCUAAAAGUGCUGCAAAAGCUCAGAAGGGAAAGUUGGCUGAAGAGUCACAGAAAACAGGAGACUCUACAGGGGCUACUGAGAUUGAGAAAGAGAAACAGACCACCCCUGAAGCUCAAUCCACUGAGACUGUCGUAACAGACACCAAAAAUGAUUCAGACGUAGGAGAAGUUUCUGAGGAGAUCAAAGCCAGCGAUAGGGAUAACUCCACUGAAGAAACAAAACAUGAAUCUGCAUCCAAAGCGACAGACAAGGUGGAGCCAUCUACGCAACCAAUAAAAGAUGAACCUGGAGCCAAGGCAAGAGAAUCUAAGUCAGCCGCUAAGAAAGGUGAUAUCAAAUCAGUGGCUUCAAAAGCGGAGGAUUCCGAUGAGUCUGAUAAGGAAUCUGAACCAGAGUCUAAUUGUUCUGAUGUUCCAGAUAUCUCGACAAUAGAAGCUGAAGAUGCUGUCUUGGAGGAAAAGGUCGCUGCGGAUGAAGCUCUUGCUAAAGCCAAAGCCAAAGCCAGAGCAAAAGAAGAGGAAGAAAAAGAAGAGGAAGAAGACGAGUUUCAAAAGGAUCCUUGGAAUGCCAUCGCAGUGGUAGGAUUGAGGAUUUAUGCUAAAGAUUGUGAUGUGACUGUCAAGGUUGUGAGACCAAGGAGCUGGGAACAUGGGGAAGGCAAGUUGGAUGUUGAUGACAGCACCAGAGAUGCAACGAAAGGUGUAGAUGGAGGUAAGGAUGAUGAAUUGAAAAAAGAAGAGGCAGAGGAAGAAAAGGCGAAGAAAGACGGCGGUGAAGGAUCUGAGGUCUUGGUUUAGACUCUGGAUUCCAUUUUCAUCCUUUAAUGCGUCUCUCAUAUUUCUGCCCAUCGCACAGCGCUGGCGCUGUGAAAUAAUAGUUCACAGGUGUAAUGAAG